UGUCUGAAAGGAAGUGACGUCGCAAGCGCUGCAGGCCAACCUGCCUCAUAUGCUGUGACCACAGAUGAGGGCACGGUGCCUUUUCAGAAACCCAUGUUGACAGCAGAUUUUAAACUUCCUCUGUGAACCAUGUCAGCGGAACAACAACAUGCUGCACGAGAUGGUGCGUGUCAAAGUGGGGAUGUUGUUUUUUUCUCCAACCCUCUGAUGAGCGAUGUUGAGUCAGACUGGUCUCCCAUUCACGAUGCAGCUUUUAACGGACGUGUUCUCACCUUGCAGCGACUCAUCGCUCAGGGUACCUGUGUGAAUUUGGCCACUCUGGACUGGGUCUCACCCCUCCACGCGGCGUGCAUGAAAGGCCACGUGGACUGUGCCAAGAUUCUUGUGGAACACGGGGCAAAUGUAAACUGUUCCACUGUGGAUGGAAAGACGCCACUGUCACUCUCUUGCUCUCAGGGUCAUGUGACAUGUGCAUCGAUGCUCCUUCAGCAAGGAGCUUGUCCUGUGGGAACCGGCCAGUCCAGUUCUCCAAUCUACCAGGCUGUAGGCGAAGGUCAUCCAGAAUGCAUCAAGCUUCUUGUUCAGCACGGUGCCGAUGUGGAUCAGCACAGCGACCAGUCGGGCUCGCCUCUGCACGUUGCAUGCUCCAAUCAGCAUGUGGACACGGCGAGGAAACUGCUGCAGCUCGGUGCUUGUGUGAACAGCAGAGUAUCUGGCAACUCGGCCCUCCACAUCGCUGCUCGUCUGUCCAACCCGGACUUGGUGUCCAUCCUGCUCGAACACGGGGCCGAUUGCUCCCUUAGGAACUCUGAGGACAAACAGCCUCAGGACCUGGCGUCUCUUAACAGCCUGGCGGAGCGUCUGUUGAGACAGUCAGGAGGUACUCACUCCAAACUAACCAUGUAGGCUGACGGUGAAGCCUGUUGUGGUCUUCUCACUGGGUCGGUGGUUAAUGAGGCAUCUUUCUGUCACUCCUGACCAGGAGCGACUCCUCUGAUUCAGAUGUGUCGGCUGUGCAUCAGGAACAAGGACAGACUCAGACGAAUUCAUGAGCUUCACCUCCCCGCACAACUGAAGCAACACCUGCUCUACCAAUCACAUCCUGUCCGGACGGUGAACCCGUGCACUGAUCCCACUCAGUCGUAACGCUUACAUUUGUCUUUCAUGUCAGCGAGGGGCGCAAUUGCAUAAUGGUGCAGUGAGAGGACGACUUGUUUGUGGGGCUUUCUCUUUGUGACACACCUCUGGAAACAAAUCAUGCAAAUCCUGGUGUUAUGUGGGAAAACAUAAAACCAGUUUUAUUUAUAUUGUGCCAAAUCGCACAGUGAGUCACCUCGAGACACUUUACU